AUGUCCACAGGUCUAACCAUAGGACUAAUUCUGGUUGAGAUAGCAAUAUUAACAUCCAUAACAAUCUACUUUGUCUACAAUUCAAAAUUAGACAAAGAGGAUCAAGCUAGGAUCGAGAAGUUCUUAGAGGACUACCAAGCUCUUAGGCCUACAAGGUAUUCAUAUGCUGACAUUAAGAGGAUCACAAAUCAAUUUAAGGAGAAAUUGGGCCAAGGAGGUUAUGGUAGUGUGUUCAAAGGGAAGCUUUCCAAUGAAAUUCUUGUCGCUGUUAAGGUCCUCAAUUACUCCAAGGGGAAUGGAGAAGAGUUCAUUAAUGAAGUGAGCACAAUUGGUAGGAUUCACCAUGUCAAUGUGGUUCGCCUAGUUGGUUUUUGUGCAGAUGGGUUCAGACGAGCUCUUGUUUAUGAGUUCCUCCCGAAUGAGUCCUUAGAGAAAUUUAUCUUCUCAAAGGAUGCUAAUAACCCCUCCCUUGAUUCGGAAAAACUUAUGGAUAUUGCAAUGGGUAUAGCCAAAGGGAUAGAAUAUCUCCAUCAGGGUUGUGAUCAACGUAUCCUGCACUUUGACAUCAAGCCCCAUAAUAUCUUGCUAGAUCAUAACUUCAACCCAAAGAUCUCUGAUUUCGGUCUGGCAAAGUUAUGCUCCAAGGAUAAAAGUAUUGUAUCCAUGACUGCUGCCAGAGGGACCAUGGGAUAUAUUGCACCGGAAGUGUUCUCUAGAAACUUUGGAAAUGUGUCCUAUAAAUCAGAUGUUUACAGUUUUGGAAUGCUGUUGCUUGAAAUGGUUGGGGGAAGAAAGAAUAUUGAUACAACAGUAGAGAAAAGUAGCCAGGCUUACUUCCCUGAAUGGAUAUAUAAUCAUCUCAUCAGCCAAGGGGAAGAGUUGAAAAUUCGGAUUGCUGAAGAUGGAGAUGGUAAGAUAGAAAGAAGACUAACGAUUGUAGCGCUUUGGUGCAUUCAAUGGUACCCAGUGGAUCGCCCUUCAAUGAAAGCUGUGGUUCAAAUGUUGGAAGGAGAUGCAGAAAACUUAAUCAUGCCACCCAAUCCAUUUGCCUCAACCACUAAAACAAAUACUAGUGGAGUUAACCCUAAGAAGCCUUUCCACACGGGAUUAACAAUCAUUGAAGAAUGAUGAUGAGAAAGAUGGGUUGCUUAACCUUUACUUUAUGUACUUUAUUAAUCAUAUUUAAUUCUAGUUAGAAAAAAAAAAGGAGUUUAAUUUGCGACAUCUUCUUAUCUAGCUAUUUAAAGUUAAUUUGUAUCAUCUAAGUUAGUGUAACAGACAUUUGUAAUGAACAUGGAGUUGGAUGGUUUAUGUCCAUCAGACUUUGUAUAUUUAUAUUCAUAGUGUUUUGCUUUUACAUGCAAUAGGAAAUUACAAYGAGGAGAUUGCAGAGAUAAGAAAUUUUCUAUUAGCCGGUGGUUUAUAUCCGGUGGUCGCGUGCAAUAACAGCAAAUCCCAGCAACAUCGAUCAACAAAUUUUCCCACUCACGUUCUGAAUAGGGGCCAGCGGUCAAAUUUUAAGAGACCAUAUAACGUAACCGCAUGAYGAGUCCCAGCCGCRCGCUCGGUCUCAAGACCUAGAUCGGAUGAUUGGGCCAGGCUCAGGCUCGGGCCUCAGUAUAAUCUAUUAAUACUGACACAAAGCCCAACCUGAUCCAACCCAUGAACAAGUCUACUGGCAUCAUUUCAAAUUUUGAGGUUUUCUGUACUUAAACUCCUAAUAUGACCAUAAGGGUUUUGGGUGUAGGCUCAAUUAGGGUUCAACAUCUGAGUUUAGUAUUAAUAGUAUUAAUAAAAAUAUCAACUAUUAUUUAGUAUUAAUAAAAUAAAAAUAUUAGCUA